CGGGACCGGAGCCGCUCGCGCCGUGUGUAGAAGGAGGAGUUGUUGUUGUUGUUGUUGUUUGUUUGUUUGUUGGUGUCAUGAGCUUCUGACAGCGGCUCCGGGCGCCGCCGGCUCCUCCUGAGCGGAACAUGAAGCGUCUCUGUCGGAAGCUGGCGGUGACCGUGGCGCUGCUGGUGUGGCUGGGAGCGCUGGUUUACCUGCUGGUGCUCAGCCGGAGGAGGCUGCCGGAGCUGGGGGCCGGGGCCGGGGCCGGGGCGGGAGGAGCCGGAGGAGGAGGCGGAGGAGAGACGGUCAACAACCAGAUCUCGGAGGCGGAGUGGGAGGACAUGCUGGACGGGUUCGACGAGCGGAGUUACCUGAGCGCCCGGCGCUGGAAGCCCGGCGACGACCCGUACACCCUGUACGCCUUCAACCAGAGGGAGAGCGAGCGCAUCCCCAGCAACCGAGCCCUGAGGGACACCAGACACUACAGAUGCACCACCCUUCACUACGACUCUGAUCUUCCUCCAACCUCCAUCGUCAUCACCUUCCACAACGAGGCCAGAUCCACCCUGCUGCGCACCAUCAGGAGUGUUUUAAACCGAACUCCGGUUCAUCUCAUCCAUGAAAUCAUCCUGGUGGACGACUUCAGCAUCGACGGUUUUGAUUGGAGUCUCCAUUUCAAGUGGGAGCAGCUGUCGCCGGAGCAACGGGCUCGUCGGCUCGACCCGACUCAGCCGAUCAAGACGCCCAUCAUCGCAGGCGGGCUCUUUGUGAUUGACAGGUCCUGGUUCAAUCACCUCGGCAAGUACGACACCGCCAUGGACAUCUGGGGCGGAGAGAACUUCGAGAUCUCGUUCCGGGUGUGGCAGUGUGGUGGCAGUCUGGAGAUCCUGCCCUGCAGCCGAGUGGGUCACGUCUUCAGGAAGAAACAUCCGUACGUCUUCCCCGAGGGAAACGCCAACACCUACAUCAAGAACACACGUCGCACAGCGGAGGUGUGGAUGGACGACUUCCGACUCUUUUACUACUCUGCUCGGCCUGCAGCUCGAGGGAAAUCCUACGGAGAUGUCCACGGACGAGUGGAGCUCCGCAAGAAGCUCAAGUGCAAAUCCUUUAAGUGGUACCUGGACAACGUUUACCCUGAGCUCAAGGUUCCAGAUGACUCGGACUCUCGGUCCGGGCCAAUCAGACAGAGGCAGAACUGUCUGGAGUCUCGCAGGCUGGAGGGACAGGAGCCGCCCGUCCUCACGCUGGCGCCCUGCAUCGGAACAGAGGGGGUCCCCGCCAUCAACCAGGAGUGGGUGUACACUCACGGGCAGCAGAUCCGUCAGCAGCAGCACUGUCUGUCUCUGUCCACCACCUUCCCCGCCUCCCAGGUCCUGCUGAUGCCCUGCAACAUGGCCGACGGCAAGCAGCGGUGGCAGAAGUCCGGGACUCACCUGGAGCACCUGGUGUCCCGGUUCUGUCUGGACUCGGAGAUGGCUCUGGACGGGAUGGACUCGUCGCGGAUGCUGGUCAUCAGCCCCUGUGAACUGACGGCGUACACACAGAGAUGGGAGGUGCCCUUCUCCUGACCCCCACCCCCCUUCCUCACCUUUUGACCUUUCACCUGCAAAAAUCUGCCCUGACGCCGGUUCUCCAGCUCGCCACCUGCUGCUCAGACGGUGGAGGUGCACGGCUGCGUCCUGUCGAGUCGCUGCGGUGACGAGAGUCGAACAGAAGGUCGACGGACGCUUUGUCUCUUUAGCGUUAAACAGGAGAAGAAAUCCAGUAGAGAACUUCAGCAGGACUCAAAUCCUGAUUCUCACAGGAUGGAGGCUGGAUCGAAACUUUGCCGAAGGAGGAGACGCAUCAGGAAAGAUUGUUUGGGCCGGAGAUUAUAUCCAUAAAGUUGAAGAGUGGAAUCAAGUGCACCUUAAAACAUUGAACUGUUCAACUGUUCAAAAGAUUUGAGUCGGACAGAAGCUUUGCUCGAGGGAAAAAAAGUUACUGAGAGAAUGUUUCCUGGAAUCUUUUGCAGUGAAGGUGUUUGUUGUUGAAGCGGUUUGAGAAUUUGGGAAUUAAAACCAAGCACAACUGAAACUUUUA